UCUAAUUUUUGUAGUUUUUCUUUUAGUUUUAUUUAUUAUUUAUUUAUUUAUUUUUGAGAAAACAACCCUACUAAACUUUCGUUAAACCAUCUUUCAGCUCUCUGCUCUCAUGGCGGACUCUGAGUUUCCCAUCGACUCCGUAUAGCUGCAGAGUCAGUCAGGCACACACACUCCUAGACUCUUAGUCGCUCCCACCCCACCAGAAUGGCCGUUCGUCCUCUCAGGCAGUUUCUCUUGCUCUAUCUGAUACUCUUCUGUCGAUUCUUUUACUCCAACGCCGCCCUCGGAUCCGUCACUGACGAAGAAGAAUUCUCGGAGGAGUUGCUGCUGAGACCUUUGCCAGAUCGGAAGGUUCUCGCCCACUUCCACUUCGAGACCAGAGCUCCUCCGACCGCCUCCAAUGGCCGCCACCACCACCUUUUCCCCAAAGCCAUUUCUCAGCUGGUUCAGAAAUUCAGAAUAAAAGAAAUGGAAUUAUCUUUCACACAAGGUCGUUGGAACUAUGAACGUUGGGGUGGGUUCGACCCUGUUCCAAGCAAUAAUGCCAAACCACCAGGAGUUGAAUUGUGGGCCGUCUUUGAUGUUCCUCACUAUCAAGUUGAUGCUUCAUGGAAGAAUUUGACUCAUGCGCUUUCUGGUCUCUUUUGUGCUUCAAUCAACUUUCUAGAAUCCUCCACCUCUUAUUCUGCUCCUCAAUGGGGGUUUCACUCCGCUUCGGGCAAUCUGAGAUAUGGCACAUUGCCUCGGGAAGCUGUUUGUACUGAGAACCUGACUCCAUGGCUAAAGCUCCUUCCUUGUAGAGAUAAAGCGGGAAUUUCUGCGUUGAUGGAUAGGCCUUCUAUCUAUAAAGGAUUUUAUCAUUCGCAGCGGUUGCAUUUGACGGGGAAGGGGUUUGAUUCGGAUGGCGUAGAUUCAGGCAUUGUACUUCAGCAAACACUCACUGUUGUAUUGCAGCCUAAUGAAAAGAGAACUCCUGUGACGAGCCUGGAGACAAAGUUUCAACCGAGUUGGUCUUUGACCUCAAUUUUCGGGAGGAAGGUCAGUGGAAGUUGUGUUCUUGCCAAGUCUAGUACUGUGUAUCUUCAACUUGACAGGGAUCUAGUUGCUGAACUGAAAAACCUGCAGAAGCACAAUGAAAUUGCCGUUGCUGAGAAUGUAAAUUAUGAAGGUUUAAGAAGUGGUUAUGGAUUUCAAUUGUCUGUUGAGCCUGAUAAGGUAUUGGAGGAAGUGAAUGGCUCUCAUGGGACAAGCCCAUCUCUUCUGUAUGUAUUUUCAGUUGAGAAGCACAGCGAGUCUGAGCCAUUUGAUUUAGGCCUAACGUGGAAGAUUCCUGUAGCUUGGUCAUGUCAGCAAGCCCCAUUACAUGCUAGUAGAUUCUUGAUGGGAAGUGGGAACGAAAGGGGUGCUAUUGCAAUAUCAUUUGAGUCCACAAGAUUGAGCGAGUGGCUAUUGCAUUCUGAUGCGAUUGAUAGUUGCGAGUUACCGGUUAAGAUUUUUCAAGUCGUACCUUGGUAUAUAAAGGUGUAUUAUCAUACCCUGCAAGUGUAUGUGGAUGAACAGCAACAAGCCAUUUCAGAUGUUGUUGAUAAGAUACAUGUUUCGCCUUCUGAAGACAAGGUGUCACCUGGGAUGAUGGAAAUGAUCUUAAAGUUCCCUUGUAGAAUGAAAUCAGCUGUUGCAACUUUAGAGUUUGAUAAGGGCUUUUUGCAUAUUGAUGAAUAUCCUCCAGAUGCUAAUCAGGGUUUUGACAUCCCAUCAGCUGUGAUAAGCUAUCCUGACUUCUAUUCAAGCACUCAGUUUGGGGACGAUAAAUCUUUGGAGGCCUUGCCCAUUUUGGCCAAAUUUCAGGAAAACAAUUCUGUUGUGUCUUACACGGAAGUUUUACUUGUCCCUUUGACCACUCCCGAUUUUAGCAUGCCUUACAACGUCAUCACCAUUACAUGCACAAUAUUUGCAUUGUAUUUUGGAUCUUUACUAAAUGUACUUCGCCGUCGUGUUGGUGAGGAGGAAAGGUUUCUUAAGAGCAAAGAUGCCAAGAAAGGCGGUCCAAUAUCUCAGUUUCUAUCGAAGUUGUCUGCCAAGCUUACAGGGAGACCAUUGGAAACACCUCAAUCACCGACGUCGACGUCGUCGUCCUUCAUCAGUUCAAAGUUAAUUCUAAAAGUUGUGCUAGUAGCUGGAAUUGCUAUUGUUUGGCAUUUCUAUUUGGAAUGACAACACUUGUGAACCAGCUGGC